AUGGCUCGCUCACAGCGCCAGAACUCGACCUCGACGGUCGACGAGAAAGACGCCAUCCACUUGGCGGCCAGCCAUGGAAAGGCCGGCAUUGAGGCUCUCGAGGUUGCGCGCCCUGGGGAGCGUGAGGUUGACGACCUUAUCAACAACUUGGAGCGAGAGCUGGAGGCUGCCGGUGGUCUGAAGACGGGUUUCUUCCACCUCAACUUUGAGGACCCCAAGCACUUUACCUGGUUCCUGGUCGCUUUUGCCAGUAUGGGUGGUUUGCUUUCCGGUCUCGACCAGAGUCUCAUCUCUGGUGCCAACCUCUACCUGCCCAGAGACCUCGAUCUCACAACCCGACAGAACAGUCUGGUCAACUCCGGUAUGCCCCUGGGCGCUGUCGGCGGUGCCCUUUUGUUGUCGCCUACCAACGAGUACUUUGGCCGAAAGUGGGCCAUCAUCAUCUCCAUUAUCCUCUACACCAUCGGUGCCGCUCUGGAAGCUGGAUCCAUGAACUUUGGCAUGAUUGUGUCAUCCCGAGUUAUCCUCGGUCUCGGUGUCGGUCUCGAAGGCGGUACUGUUCCUGUCUACGUCGCUGAGACUGUCGAGCGAAGGAUCCGAGGAAACCUCGUCUCCCUCUACCAGUUCAACAUUGCCCUCGGAGAGGUCUUUGGAUACGUCGUUGCCGCCAUCUUCCUCAAGGUCCCUGGCAACUGGCGAUACAUCCUUGGAUCGUCUCUCGUCUUCUCCACCAUCAUGUUGUUCGGCAUGUUCUUCCUCCCCGAGAGUCCUCGUUUCCUCAUGCACAAGGGCCAGAGCCUCGAGGCGUUCAAGGUCUGGAAGCGCAUCCGUGGAGUCACCACUUCCGAGUCGCGUGAGGAGUUCUACCUCAUGUCUGCAUCUGUCAGCCACGAGGAGACCGAGGUCAAUGAGGGAGCCCAGAACCAUCGUUUCCCCUGGAUGGACUUUUUCACUGUCCCCCGCGCCCGCCGAGCCCUCGUUUUUGCCAACAUUAUGAUCCUCCUCGGCCAAUUGACCGGUGUUAACGCAAUUAUGUACUACAUGUCCGUUCUCAUGAGCCAGAUCGGCUUCAACGACGAAAAGGCCAACUACAUGUCCCUUGUCGGCGGAGGAUCGCUUCUCCUCGGCACCAUCCCCGCCAUCUUCUACAUGGAAAAGUUUGGUCGUCGUUUCUGGGCUAUUAUCAUGCUUCCGGGAUUCUUCGUUGGGCUGGUUCUCAUUGGAAUCAGCUAUCAGUUCGAUCUCGAGACUCAGCUACCUCUCGUGGAAGGCCUCUACUUGAGCGGACUCAUCAUCUACAUGGGUUUCUUCGGCUGCUACGCCUGUCUCACCUGGGUCAUCCCCUCUGAGGUCUACCCUACCUACCUACGAAGUUACGGAAUGACCACUUCCGAUGCGUUGCUCUUCUUGGCUUCCUUCGUCGUCACCUACAACUUCUCUGCCAUGCAAAAGGCCAUGGGCAAGACUGGUCUGACUCUCGGCUUCUACGGUGGCAUUGCCGUGGUCGGUGAGAUCUACCAGAUCUUCUUCAUGCCCGAGACUAAGAACAUGACCCUGGAGGAGAUUGAUGCAGUCUUCUCGCGCCCCACCAUGGAUAUUGUGAGGGAGAACUGGGCCGGUGUCAAGGAGACAAUGACGGACUUCUUUAGUGGCCGCUGGGGUAAGGUAUUUGCCGACCAGGGCAAGCCUCGUCCAGUUGCUACCAGAAAGGAGGAACCUGUGGCUUAA